CUCCAAUCCACAAUAGGUGAUCAAGAUGCCUCUUCUACGUUUAGAAGUGGAGAACUUCAAGUCAUAUCGUGGAAAGCAGGUGAUUGGUCCUUUUCGUUCAUUCAAUUCAGUAAUUGGUCCGAAUGGAAGCGGUAAAUCAAAUUUGAUGGACGCUAUCAGCUUUGUGCUGGGUGUCAAAAGUGCUCAACUUCGUAGCGGUCAAUUGAAAGAUUUGAUCUAUCGUGGAAGAAGGUUAGAUCCACAUGCUGGAAACAGACCAGCAGCUGAAGAUGUGGAAAUGCAUGAUGAUGAUGCCGGAGAUGAACAAGCGGUUGAAGCAAUGGCAACUCUGGGUCAAACGAAUGCAAAAAGGGCAUCUGUUACAGCCGUCUAUCAAGAUAAAGAUGGUGCAGAGUAUGAAUUCCAAAGAAGUAUCACAAUCAAUGGCAAUAGCGAAUAUCGCGUAAAUGGUAGAGCAAUGUCUGCGAACGCAUACAAUGACCGCUUGAAAUCAUUCAACAUUCUCGUCAAAGCAAAGAACUUUCUCGUAUUCCAAGGAGACGUUGAAGCCGUCGCUUCGCAAAACCCAAAAGAGUUGAGCAGAUUGGUCGAUCAAAUCAGUGGUUCGUUGGAAUACAAGGAGCAAUACGAUGCUGCAAAACAUGCAAAUGACCGUGCUCGUGAGAAUUACACAUUCAUCUCCAACAAACGUCGUAAUAUGCACUCAGAAGUGAGACAUUUCAAAGAUCAAAAAAAUGAAGCAGAUCGCUUCAAACGUUUACAAAAGGAGAGAGAUGCCAGUGUCAUCCAUCAUAUGCUCUGGCAACUGUUUCACAUCAGCAAGCAUGUGGGUGAUUUGACAAAGACGAUCAAGCAAGCCUCUGAACGACUUCCAUAUCUUCGCGGCGAGGUUGAAGAAGCUGAGGGAAAUGUUGAGGCUGCUCGUCAGAAGCAAGGCGAAGCUGCGCAAUCGAUCUUGGAACAACAGAGAAAUCUUCGAAAGCGUGAGAAGGAGGCCGAGAAGAUCCAACCAGAUCUGGACGCCUUGGAUCAAAGUAUGGCACACAGUAAGAACAAAAUUGCCAGUAGCGAAGAUAUCAUCAAACUCGUCAAAGCGGAUAUUGCCAAGUACGAAGGAAGCAUUGCAAAGUAUCAACGCGAUCAUCAAAAUGCUAAAGAAGCAGCAGAUAAAGCGGCCGCAGAACAAGCACGUAUCACUGCAAAACGUGGAUUGAGAUUGAGCGAGAAUGACCUUCAACAAUAUCACGAAUUGAAAGCGGAGGCCAAUCUACGAGCACGCAAAGAACGUCAGCAACUGGAAGAAUUUUCGAUGAAGAUUCGAUCUCAAAAAGGGGCCCUUCAGACUUUGCAGGACAAAUUGAAGGCUACUGAGGCACAAAAGGUGAAAUUGGAAUCAGAAGUGCAGAUUCUAAGUCAAAGAAAGCAUGAUGUACAAGAGAAGUCACACAAAGUCCAAAGAGAGCUUGAGAGUGCACGUUCUGCCGUGCAUGAGAUGAAGGCCAAGAAAGACUCCAUUAAGAAGCGAAUGGAUGAACUGAAUGCCACACUGGCACAAUGCUUGCAAAACUUGGUCGAAGCCGGUCAUAUGCAGCGUGAAUCGGAGAAAGAAGCACGAUUACGUGAAACGAUUGCAUCUUUACGCCGUCUUUAUCCUGGGGUUCAAGGUCGAUUCACAGAUUUGUGUAAACCAACACAACGCAAAUACGAUACAGCCAUUCAAACUAUUCUGGGCAAAAAUGCAGAUGCGAUCAUUGUUGCAACACAACAAGAGGCUAUCGAGUGCAUAGAUUAUCUCAAAAGACAACGUAUCGGCCAAGCUACUUUCAUUCCAUUGGACACCAUUCAAACAAAAGAUAUCAAUGAUCGUCUCCGAAGUAUCGCUCCUGGAGCUCGAUUGGCGAUCGAUAUUAUCGAAUUUGACAGCCACCUGGAGCGUGCAAUGCGUUAUGCAUGUGGAAAUGCGCUCGUUUGCGAUAACAUGGACAUUGCACGAAAUGUUGUCUACGAAAAACGUCAACAGGUCAAAGCAGUCACUUUGGAGGGUACCAUCAUUCACAAGAGUGGUCUGAUUACAGGUGGUCAAAGUGGUGAAGCAUCCGGACCACGCUGGCAGGACCGUGAAGUGGAAGGCUUCAAGCGCCAACGUGAUGAAUCGAUGGCAGAAUUGAAAUCAUUGGCUGCAGAGCAACAUGAGCUGAACCGUACUGAGCAGGACACAUCUAGUAUCACUCGGUACGAGAUCGAAAGAAAUUCUAUCGAUGAUGAAUUGAAAGAGAUCGAUACUCGUCUCAAAGGCGUGCAGAGUGAGCUCAAGGUUGUCACUCAACAAUUGACUGGAUUGGGACCACAGGUCACGCAAGCACAAACAGAGUUACAGCAACUCGAAUCUCAAACGACUGGUAUUCAGCAAACGGUCAAUACCGAAGAUGAUCGUGUCUUUGCAGACUUUUGUGCCCGUAUCGGUGUGAGCAAUAUUCGUGAAUACGAAGAUCAUCAGAUGCAACUCAUGCAACUCCAAAAUGACGCACGUUCUGAGUUUGAGUUGCAAAUGCAACGUCUCAACAAUGCUAUCAAAUUUGAACAAUCUCAACUGGAGGCGGCCAAGCAAAGAUUGCGACAAAAUGAGAACGCUGUUGAACGUGAACAGCAAAAGCUGAAAGAUCGUCUCGAUUCACAGAAGGAGCUGCAGACAAAACUUGCUUCGAUUCGAGAAGAAGUUCAACGAAUUCAUGAACAGAUCGAGCAAUUGAAGCAGGAUGAGGCAAAAACCAAAAAAGCUUUCAAUUUGGCAAAGAGUACGCUCAACGAAGCACAAGCAGCUCUUGAUGCUGCGACGAAGGAAAUCUCAAACGCUCGUCUAGCGAUCGAAAAGCAUGCGAAUGACCGAACAGCAAUCUAUCGCCGAUGCAGAUUGGAAGAGAUCAAACUUCCUCUUGCAAGCGGUGAUUUGAAAAAGGUUCCUCUUGGUGAUGACGCAGAGAUGGAAUUGGACUUUGACGAAGAAGAUGAGAAUGGGGAAAGCUCUAUUUCUGUGCCGGACUACGGCAUCAAACCAAAUUACAGCAUGCUUACUGCACAAGAUAAGCGUGACGGAAGCACGGAAACUGGCGAAGAAUUGCAAGCACAAAUUGUGGCAGCUGCAAAUGAUUUGGAACAAAUGAUUGCACCUAACGCGAAGAUGAUGGAUCGAAUGGGCGACGCUGAGAACAGAUUGGCAGAUGCAGGUGCAGAACUUGAACAAGCCAGUCGUGAAGUCAAGAGGGCACAAGAUGAAUUCUUACGUUUGCGCAAGUUACGCAGUGAUCUUUAUCAUCGUGCUUUCGAUCAUAUAAGCUCAAAAGUGGAUGAAGUAUACAAAGAUCUUACCCGUAGCAAAGCAGCUCCAAAAGGUGGAAAUGCAUAUUUGGACUUGCAAAAUGAUAAUGAGCCUUAUUUGGACGGUGUUUUGUAUACUGCCAUGCCGCCUACAAAGAGUUUUCGUGGAAUCGAUCAAUUGAGCGGAGGUGAAAAGUCGGUAGCCGCAUUGGCAUUAUUAUUUGCUAUUCAUAGCUACAAGCCUGCACCUUUCUUUGUCUUGGACGAAGUUGAUGCCGCUCUUGAUGCUCAAAAUGUCGCCCGCGUUGCUGCCUACAUUCGUUCAAGAGCCAGUCCUGAUUUCCAGUUCAUCGUCAUUUCGUUGAAGGCAAUGCUGUACGAGAAAAGUCAAGCUCUUUUGGGUGUAAUGCGCAAUCAAGAUAUCAACUCUUCGCGCACACUCACCCUUGAUUUGGAGCAAUACGCAUGAUCCCCGUCCAACAUACUCUUGUUUAGUACCUAUCUGUAUCAUUACCAUGUCUUUCGGUCAAUUCAUUGUCAUACUUUUCUCCUGAUGUCC